ACAAAAUUUGUGCGUUGAAAAUGUCAAAUUGACAUUUUUGACUAGUUGACGGACAAAACUUCAUUUUUUCUGCUUUGUGAAAAUUAUCGGUAUUUCGCUGUGUCUACUGCUUCUAUUUGACAUUCAACGACAUUUGAGUUGGAAUGGUGUAAAACGUCAUGGAGAACAAUAGAUGACAAAUGUCAAACGCGUGCUUCAUAUUUCGUGGCGUUCAAGUUUAUUGAAGGAAAAAAGUUUGAAGUUUAAUUAGUCAAAAAUCGCAGUAGAAAUUGACGUUUUGUGGAUUUUGUAUACAAAUGCAUGUCAAAAGCCACUGGAGCCGGCAAACUACUGUAUGAGAAAAACGCAAGUCUAGAGCUAUCUAGGAAAACUAUUGGAAGCAUCCAAGCAACUGCUGACUUGUGAUCCCUAAGGCAACUUUGUUAAAAAAUUGAUUUUAGAAAAACGCUUUAAUCGUAUUUAGGAGACAAAAUCACUUGAACACUUAUAAAUCAAAUAGUAAGCAGACGUUUGGCGGCAUAUUUUAAUUUUGACUCUGAAUAUUUCAACUUUUGAAUUUUGUUACACGUUGGGCUGCUCCCACAUACGUUAGUAAGAAUAUUGCUAAUAUAAAUGAUUCUGUAGCGUUAAUUGUUCGAGUUAUAAGAGGAAAUAGUCACUCAAAGAUUCAAAAUGCUCUCACCGGACACACUGCAUCACGAAGAAGUCAAUUUGGCGUUAGACCGACAAGUACGCCAAGAUAUACAGGAUAUGGCACAAGAGGCCCAAAUACAAGCACAGAUUAUAGCGCACGAAGCGCGAGAUCGAUUUCAAUCUACAUCGAGCGUUGAGGAAGAUGGUCAAGAAGAUAUUGAGCAUGACGGGGUCACCGUGUUGGGCGUUGUUGAAGCCGAUGAUGAUGAUGACGUACAUCAUCAUGAAAGUAUUGUUGAAGAGGAUUUGACCGAACACGAUUUGUCUGAUAUGCAGGAUGUCAAAGAUUUCAAGGAUAUGUUAAUGGAAUCCAAUGAUGGCAAUGCGGACAAUUCUUUAAUGCGCAAGCGACGCGGCAACCUGCCAAAACAAUCUGUUAAGAUCUUAAAACGUUGGUUGUAUGAACAUCGCUACAAUGCAUACCCUAGCGAUGCAGAAAAGUUUACACUAUCACAGGAAGCUAAUUUGACUGUUCUGCAGGUUUGCAAUUGGUUUAUCAACGCCCGAAGACGUAUAUUACCCGAAAUGAUACGACGAGAGGGCAAUGAUCCCUUACACUUCACCAUUUCAAGGCGCGGUAAAAAAUUGAACUCAUCAUUAAACUCAUCAAAUAGUUUAAAUGCAAGUGGAAUUGUACCAAAUCCUAUUACUGGCAGUCCAGCAUCCGAAGUGAUCGUUGGCGCGACGGAGGAAGUUGAGGGUGAUGAGGUGCAUGAUGGCGUCGCAAAUGUACUAACAGCGCUAGGCCAUUUCGUACAAACGCCUGGCGGUCACAUGGUCAAAGUUGAACCAGAUAUGGAGUACGAUGACAGUGUAAUUUAUAGGUGGCAACAGGCGAUUGCUGCCAAUCCGCAAGGCUUUCAAAAUUUGCAUCCACAAAUUCAGGCGAAAAUUUUGGCAAAAAUUCAAGCCGCUAAACAAAGGCAAGCAGCCGCUAAUGCAGCCGCCGCCGCUGCUGCUGCUGCACAAAUGCAACAGCAACCUUCAUUCAAUACUAACACGGGCGUUAUGCAAAAUCCAGAUAUUGCUGCUGUUGCAGGUUUGCCAGCGUCUCCGCCAUCUUCAAUCAACUCUUCGGCGGCGGCACAUUCUCAAUAUCCGCAUAGUACGAAAUACUUCUAUUCACAAACACUCAAUCAAAUUUUCCACAUCCAGAAUAGUAUGCCGCAAACGAAGAAUUCAUAUUUUAAUGCGUUGAGAUCGGAAGAUGACAGCGUCAACGAAUAUGAUUCGUGCGAGCCACAAAGUGAGGAGGAAGGCAAAUUUGAAAGCUCUGACGCUUGGCAAAGCGUUAUGAAGACUGUUUUCAGUACCGAGGAAGUAACGACCUCUAGUCCAACUGCAACGAACAACACCUAUUGGACGACGGCAUCACAUCCGCACACGACGACGGCGCAAUCUCAUGCAAUAGGUGUUACUGGCGCAACAACAACAGGCAACAAUGUGAUAGCGGCUGCCAAUGUGAAUGCGCUGGUCACCCCAAUCGAGUGCAAAGCUGAACCGGGCGUGACAGUGGGCGCCGAAGCAACGGUUGUCACAUCAGGCGUAUCAAAUGCGUCUAACAGUAAUAAUAAUAGCGCAAAUGCAACUAAUAACAAUACAAUUACAUCAACCGUACAGGUUAUACAUCCUGGCAGUCAUCUGGUGAAAGGUGUGAUCCGUGACGAUAAAGAUAAAUUCAAAUGUUUGUACCUGCUGGUGGAGACGGCAGUGGCCGUGCGCCAACGUGAGAAGGAGCAAGAAGACGAAGAUGUGCAUGUGCUGGGAAAUUAGUUAGGCGACAACCAACAUCAUGCAAUGAACAAUGCAACAAAACAAAGAAAUUCACACAUCCACGAACUGUUUGCAGUGAUGUGUCUGUGUCUUUUGUAUAGUGUCAAAAAAUGUGAAAUUAAGCCUUGCUUUGCAACAGUUUUAUUUAUGCUGAAUUUCUGAUAGCUCAUCGUUGUGUGAGCAAGAAUAACACUUCUAAGCACUAGUUAGUACCAUACAUUUAGCGCAAUAAUCGGUUAGAUUUCAAAUAUUUUCUGCUUGCUACUAAUGUUCAAUAUUACAACUUUCUUAUAGCAUAUGUUAAUCAUAUUAGUUUUUUUCCCUUUAAUUUCACAACUACAAUAUUUACAUUAAUUUGUCAAUGUUUUAUAUGAAUUACAUUAAACGCGUAUUUAUCACUUUCUAAUAAUUAAGUGUUUUGUAUACUUGGUUGCAGAUGCUUAUAUGUCUACAGAUUAUCAAAUGAAAAUACACCAAUUUGCCAAAUAGCUACUAAUAAUAAUAAAUUAUAUUGCUGUAACUUUAAACUUUCUCUAUUUUUUGCAAAAGUGCAUUAGACAAAUUUACAACAAUUUCAAUAAUAAGGGAUUGGCGCAACAACUGAUUACGAUCUCUUCUGUGCUUUACAGAAUAUUCAAUAUUUUUUAUUUUAUGUUUCACACACGUGCAAAAUUCUGCGCUGCAUUGCAUGAAAACGAAUAUUUUAAUUUGUCUUUUAUUAAUGUUCUCGUAUUAGUUUUUUUUUCAUAUCUUUCCUUUAUAUUUCCCGAGUUUUUUAAGUAAACAAUGAACAGCUGAUAGAUCACUUGAUAGUUGUUAUAAUGUAUGGUAUUUCCCGUUACUGCCACAUUGCAUCACUUAAAAGUGUCAAAAAUAAAUUAUGUACGAAUAUUGAACAGUUUUUGAGUAUGAAGAAAUGGAAAUCGGGUCCUUAAAUAAUUUUUAUUUGUUUUUAUUGAGUUUUGAGUUGAGUUUGAGCCAUAUUUUUCAAAAAGCCAUCAAAUAUGUGUUAGCAAUUUUUAGUGCGUUUCUGCUCAACUUCUUGUUUAAAUUUAAGAAAUUAUUUUUUAAUUUGUUGAUGCAGUGUGGUGAAUAGCUGUCUAAAAAAUCAAAAAAGAAAAUCUAUUAAGCAUAAUUUUCAAAAAAAAAAUUAAAUUUGAUUUUAUAAAAGAAAAAAUUAUCAAAAUAUAAUUUUACAAAAAGAGAAAUAAAUAUUUGAAAUUUAGUUUUACCAAAAAAUAAAAGUAUAAUAAAUGCGUAAAUGUAAUAUAUUUCAAAGUUUUUACUUACAAAACUAGUUCGUAAGCAUUUUACUUAAGCGCGUUGUACACAUGUAAAUUAAUUGGAAGAGCGAAAAAAACUUGUAAACAAAAAUAGAAAUACAUAAAUAAUUAUUAGUACUUUUCGCUAUUUGAAAAAUAAUAUGAAAAAAUGCAAUUAUUUUUUAAUGUAUCAAAUCAACACUAAGCCUAGCCAUUAAGCUUUCUUU